GCGUCGCUCGAGCGCGCAGUUGAUAGGACGCUGCGCCUGCUCGCCCACCCGAGUUGCACCGCGUUGCAACGCGCCAAGAUACUGCAUCUAAUGGAGCUCCUUGCCCCCCGUCUCUCGCCAUCCCGCCAGGCGCCAACGCUGAACGCGCUGCUCGAACCCCUCGGCAAUGCCAAAUCGGGUGCGGUCCAGGACACGGCGUGGGACUCUUGGGAUGACGACGCACCCAAGACAGCGACCAGCGGACAAGACGUGAUCGAAAACGAGCGGGCGUUCUGGAAGCGCUUUUACGCAUCGCCGCUUGCAGGGACCAACGUUGCCGCAGUCGUCACGCAAGCGUGUACGGUCCAAGCGCAGGCGGCCCUCACGGCGUGGCUUGCGUGAUCUUCUUUAUGCAUACGACGCUCACUAUGAUGUCUUCUGGACUAAGAACGCUCGCAUGGUGUAUGAG